CCUCGAUCUCCGUAAUUCGGUUAUUAUUCGGAUGGGGUUCACCCAACCGUCCUCCCUCUUUUGAUUGGUGGAGACCGUAGACCCAACCGUAGUAAUAGAGGAGAGACCCUUCAGCAAAGCUCUCGCUGUCAUUUUCUUUUUCCAUUCUUAUUCGACGGAUAUCAAAUUCGUUCCACCAAGGCCCGCGCGCGCUGGUUCUCAAAGCCGACCGCCUUCGCCUCCCUUCGCAUGGCCUCCUUGCGGAGGUUUCUUCCGUUCUGCUCUUCCCUCAAGGGGUUGAAUGUUCUUCGCUAUGAAACCAGAGCAGAGCUUGGAGGAAGCUUCCGAGGCCUUAGCUCAAUUUGUUCGCCGGACCAGAAAGUGUUGAAAUUGGGGGAGGAUUGGCAGUCUGAGCAUGAUGUCCCAGGGAUCAAUGAUGAGAUAGCGAUGAUUCGGCGUGAAUUCGAUGCUGCCAAGAAGAGUUUUCUCAAGAUUCCUGAAGCACUCAAGGAAAUGCCAAAGAUGAACCCUAAAGGAAUAUAUGUGAACAAGAAUAUAAGACUGGAUAAUGUACAAGUGUACGGAUUUGACUAUGACUACACCCUGGCACAUUACUCUGCUAAUUUGCAGAGUUUGAUAUAUGAUCUUGCGAAGCAGCACAUGGUUAAUGAGUUUAGGUACCCUGAAAUUUGUAUGACUUUUCAAUAUGAUCCAAGUUUUCCAAUCAGAGGAUUAUACUAUGACAAGCAAAAAGGAUGUCUCUUGAAGUUGGAUUUCUUUGGGUCAAUUGAGCCGGACGGAUGCUACUUUGGUCGACGGAAGCUUUCCAGGAAGGAAAUCAAUCUCAUGUAUGGAACACGGCAUAUUGGCCGUGAUCAGGCACGCGGGCUUGUUGGUUUAAUGGACUUCUUCUGCUUUAGUGAGGCAUGCCUCAUUGCAGAUAUGGUGCAAUUUUUCGUUGAUGCGAAGUUGGAAUUUGAUGCCUGUUACAUUUUUGAGGAUGUAAAUCGGGCAAUUCAGCAUGUUCAUCGGAGUGGAUUAGUUCACAGAGGGAUUCUUUCAGACCCUCAUAAAUACUUAGUAAAAAACGGAGAGGUGCUGCAGUUCCUGAAGAUGCUGAAGGAGAAAGGGAAGAAACUCUUUUUGUUGACUAAUUCUCCUUUCUAUUUUGUGGAUGGAGGGAUGCAGUUUAUGCUGGAGGAAUACAUGGACUGUAGAGAUUCAUGGAGGGAACUUUUUGAUGUUGUGAUAGCUAAAGCGAAUAAGCCCGACUUUUACACAUCUGAGCACCCAUUUCGUUGUUAUGACUCAGAAAAGGAUACCUUGGCUUUCACCAAGGUGGAUGCGUUGCUUCCCAAUAAAAUUUAUUACCAUGGCUGCCUUAAAUCAUUCCUUCAGAUCACUAAGUGGAAUGGUCCAGAGGUGAUAUACUUUGGGGAUCAUCUAUUUAGUGACCUAAGAGGGCCUUCAAAGGCUGGCUGGCGCACUGCUGCUAUCAUCCAUGAACUAGAAAAUGAGAUACAUAUCCAAAAUGAUGAUCGCUACCGAUAUGAACAGGCAAAAUUUCACAUAAUACAAGAGCUGCUAGGCAGAUUGCAUGCAACUGUUGUCAGUAGUCAAAGUGAAGGGUACAAGUCUCUUCUGGAGGAGCUGAAUGAGGAGAGGCAGAAAGCGCGUCUCAUAAUGAAAAGAAUGUUCAACAGUUCUUUUGGAGCUACUUUCCUCACUGAUACUGGUCAAGAAUCUGCUUUUGCUUAUCAUAUUCAUCAAUAUGCAGAUGUCUACACCAGUAAACCUGAAAACUUCUUGCUUUAUCAACCUGAAGCAUGGCUUCAUGUACCCUUUGAUAUUAAAAUCAUGCCACAUCACGUGAAGGUUCCAUCUAGCCUGGUCAAAAGUCACUGAUAUUAUUCCUAGUGCGCUUGGGGAGUGAGAACAGUUUUGGCAUCACUACUCAGUUCUCGCGUGUAAGAUGACGAUUGAUUGUCUUUAUGGUGUCUUGAUCAUGCGGGUGAUGAUGAAUACGUGAUUGAGGGCUCAUCUCGCUGGUUCUUGGAGGAUGUAGUAUAAAAGUGGUCAGGCAUUUAUUCUUUCACAUUAGUGUAGACACAAAAAUAAUGAUCUUGUCAAUUUUUUUACCUCAAAAGCCAUGUACCUUUGAGGGUCACAUUUAUAAAUUGAAAAUUCCAGUGGUUAUUAUCUUA